AUGCCUCCCUUGCCGUUGCGGAAGAGCAAUGAGGGGAAAGCACAACAGGUGUCGGUGCGGCAACUCCUUCGCGACCAGCGGGAGUUGGACGAAAAGCGGAAGUUCGGCCUCGCUCCUCUCGCCCUGGACGCGGUGACGGGGCAGGAGAUUAGCCCGAACGUCCCGCAGUCCAUCGCGCGCGCGCCGUGGUAUUACGGCGUCUCGGGCACCACUUUGGAGCACCAACGAAAAAAAGCCCCGGACGGGACGGACCCCACGGAUAGCUAUGACCGCUUAAACGAUGAGGGGGAGGAAGGGGUGGUGGUGGUGGGGCGCCCAACGCGUUUUGUGGCCGGGGCCUGCGCGAACUGCGGCUCCCGCACUCACAAGACGCCGCAUUGUCUCCUGCCCAAGAAAAAAGUGGGCGCCAAAUACACCGGGGUGGUGACGGGGGUGGAUGUGAAGGUGGUGGCCACAUCGGACGGCGGGGGCUCGGCGUCCGCGAGAAAGCGAGAUCGCUUUGUGGACCGCGCCGGCGUUGAUCUACUGCGCCAAUCUUCCCAAACGAACGGCAAGGAGACGGGGAAGGACAAAGAAAGAGACCCGAAUAAGCGGGCUAAGCCUGAGGAAGCCUUCGCGAAACUUGCGGCUCAGCACGGAGGACUUGAAAUUCAACCACUUCCAAAAUAUUUAGAAAAUUUAGACGAAAAGGACAUCUUUUUCGACCCAAAAAUGGGAGUUAUGCGGGAAAAUCCCAAUGCACAUGAUCCCACAAGACUUUUCCAGGGUGAUCUACAGCGUUAUCGGUCUGGGGACUACUAUAAUUAUGUAGAAUCCCAGUAUCGCUACCUGACGGGGCAGUCGAAGAGUUUUGUCGAUUUCGCACUGGACGAAGAAUUGGGUCGGGAAAGGGGCUUGAGGAAGAUCGAAGGAGGUGAAGAGGUUUCAACCUCCAAGAAUAGGUUGACCUCAGACGAAGAAAUAAAGGACGGGAAGAUCGGGAGUCGAAAUUCGGACGACAAAGAACUCCCUGUGAACAUGCUUGUUCACUCACUGUAUGGAAGCUCUGAGGAUGAACAUACGAGAAACGUUGCGAAGAAGUCACUUUCCUCGUCGUUAAAGGGUUCUGUUUUGGGAACUGCGCCAACCGUGGAGGCGCCGUAUGGAUCUGAAAAAAACUCAAAGGGAGGCGCGUAUGCCCCUUCCGCAUCUGGUAGCUCUGCAAUUCAAACAGAACAAACACAUCUCAUUCAGGUUCAUGAGAAGUUGAUGCGACUCACUCAUAACGACGUCACCACGUAUGGGGAUCAUGGAUACUGCUUUGGAAGCUAUUUCAACACGGAACAUUUUUUGUGGGGGUUUAAAUGCUGCCGUGGGUGCAAGAAGGACUCUCAAUGUGCACCUGAACUUUCUCAGAUCCACAAGGAAUAG